GACAUCAAAAUAUAACCAGAACAUGCAGAUAUAAGCAGGACAUCAACAUAUAACGAGGACAUCAACAUAUAACCAGGACAUGCACAUAUAACCAGGACAUGCGCAAAUAACCAGGACAGCUUCCAGACACUCAGCACUUCUCGUUCUACCAAAGAUUUCUAGCUGUCAACAAGAGGAGUACCAAGGACACAGCAGAUUACAAUGAACAGAGCACCAUCUACGUGUGAUCGAUAUCCACGCUGGGCACACAAACGCCUGCAGGCUGAUUUCGUUAAUGAUGCGUGUACGAGUGAUGAGUUGUGGGGGAUUCUGGCACACCAGAGCAUUGCCAAACCCUCGGGGAAUUCGGAAAAAAAGACAAAGUCCAGCAAGUGGAAGAAUAAGAAAGAAAUGAGAGCCACAAAAAAAUCCUCUUCUGCGACGUCAGCCCACAGGUCUGCCAAACAGAUUGCCACCACCGUGCCAGAUUCGCACGUCACUUCUGUCACAGUGGGGUGCAGCAAACACAGGCCGCACAGCAUGGUUGAUGAGCUCGUCUUUGAAAAUGAAGCUACUCUGCCACUCACUGGAAGCACCUCCCGAAAAAAAGCACCGGGCCUACUCCAGAAAAUGGGGCUAAAACUCAAGAAAACUGUCGAAUAUAUUGGCGCUUCAAACUGUGCCUUUGAAGAGGACUGAACAAAACCAAGAGAUCUUUUAUGUUUCUCAAGUUCUUAUGCCAAAAAAACUAUUUGUUGUGUAUUUUUCGGUUGUUAUAUUUAUUUUUUGUGCACUGUGCAUAUCCGGGCUUUACUGUAUUGCACUUUGGAAACAACAGAGCUCAAUUAUAUAAAAGACAGCUCAGCAUAUUUAA